GAAAAGCAGUGAAUGGGCUCCCCCGGUAGUGGGGCGUUACAGUGUACGGAGUACACGUGAAGGGGGGCUGCAAAUGGAGGAGCCGAUGACCUUUUCAACGCUUUGCCGCCCUCCGCCUCCAUCUUACCAACAACCCCCCAUUAACGCCGCCCACCCCUCGACUUAAACUCGACAUCCUCCUCCAUUUCUGCGUUCCAGUCCGAAGCUUUCUCUCUUCUUGUGCACCAAAUCCGCCCACGCUUUCAUCUUUCCCCGCUCGCAGUUUCGCCGACCACGAAGGGAAAUCUUCCUGUUUGUUCUGUUCUGGUGUUUCUGAGCUCAGAAGAAUCCGAUCCAUAUUUCUAGCAAGUCUGUAGAAGCAAGCAUUGUUCUUUUCUUUCUCGGAACUGUUUUCAUUCAACCCUCAGCUUUAUUUUCAGUCCAAAGAAGAUCGCGUCGAAGAAAUUCUGAGAUUUGGGGGGUUCUAGGCCCCCGUUGAAUCCCGAGAGGAUUCUUCUCCAAGUUCGAAGUAUUUAUUUUCUGUGUUUAACGGCAGAUUCUAGGGAUUUUGACUUCUUUUUUUUUUUUUUGCCCUAGUCUUCUGCUAGAUAAAAACUUGAUUUUUGCCUUGACUGGGAUUUGGGAAAUCCUGUUGAAACCCAAGGGAAGAAAGGCUAAGAAAAGGGGCAUAUAGGAUGAGGAGUAAAGGGGAAAAAGAUGAAUCAAGGUAUUCCAUUAGUCUACUGGCAGUGGUUUCAACUUUUAUUGUCUUUGUGGUUGGAGUGGUCAUAGGGCUUGCUUCAAGCACACACAUUGACAAAUACCUCAGCUUUCAAACUCAACAGCCCCACACAAACACAGCCUUGUUCUAUUCAGCAACCAAUUGUGUCUGCAAUGAUUGUUUGAGCAUGGAGGGUUUUAUCAGGCCGAGCAGCUUGGUUCACGAUAUGAGAGACGAGGAAUUGUUCUGGAGGGCAUCUAUGGUGCCUACAAAGGACGAGUACCCCUUUCGGAGGGUGCCCAAAGUGGCAUUCAUGUUCUUGACCAGAGGGGCAUUGCCCAUGAUGCCCUUGUGGGAAAGGUUCUUUGAGUGGCAGGACAAGAACAAGUAUGAGAUUUAUGUGCACGCCCCUCCAGGGUAUGACCUCGGUGUGGCCAAUACCUCUGUUUUCUACAAUCGCCAAAUCAAAAGUCAGAAAGUUGAGUGGGGAUCAGUAUCACUGGUUGAUGCUGAGAAGCGUCUUCUAGCCAAUGCUCUUCUUGACUUUUCAAACGAACGGUUCGUUCUUCUGUCCGAAAGCUGUAUCCCACUUCACAACUUCCGCACCGUCUACAAAUACCUCACUGAAUCAGUCCACAGCUUUGUUGAAUCGUAUGAUGACCCAUCCCGCUACGGUCGCGGUCGCUAUAACCGUCGGAUGAAUCCGGAUAUCAAACUUCCAGAUUGGAGAAAAGGGUCUCAAUGGUUCGAGAUGGGCCGUUCUUUGGCUAUCAAAAUAGUUUCAGACACCAAAUACUACAACCUAUUCAAGAGUUAUUGCCACCCUUCUUGCUACCCAGACGAGCAUUACAUUCCAACUUAUCUCCACAUGUUCUAUGGGCCCACUAACGCUAACCGCUCGGUGACUUUCGUCGACUGGUCUCUGGGUGGGCCCCACCCGGCAACAUACGCAGCAGCCAACAUUACCGAAGGGUUUCUAGAGAGCAUAAGGAACAAUGACACUUCGUCGUGUUUCUACAACUCCAAGAAAACACACAUUUGUUACCUGUUUGCUAGGAAGUUUGCUCCCAGUGCUCUUGAACCUUUACUAAACCUGUCCUCCAAAGUAAUGGAAUUUUAAAAAGUUCUAACUCACAGAUUGUCUGUUUAAUCCUAUUUUUUUUUGUUGCCCUUUUCUUUGUUAUCUGCUUGGCUGUGCUAGAACUUUUGGCACUUGUACCAUUUAGGCUAUUUAGUCUCCUUACUUUCUUUUAAUAGCACAAUGUAUAGUCUAGAAGGAGCUGGUAUUACAAAGUAUUCAUGUACACUUGUGAACCAUCACUUUGUUGUUUCCCUAUCUCCAACAUAUUCAGAGAAUAAUUUUUUGAAACUAUA